GAUCCAAAAGAAAGAUUCAUAAGAAGGAAAAACACAACAGAAAAAAAAAUGGGGUCACUAGGAGAAGAACCACAAGUAGCAGAAGACUGCAUGGGUUUACUUCAACUUCUAAGCAACGGCACCGUUUUAAGAUCCAAGAGCAUUGACCUUAUCACCCAACAGAUCCCACUCAGUAACCACAAAACCGUUUUCUUCAAAGACUUAAUCUUUCACAAGCCCAACAAUCUUCACCUCCGUCUCUACAAACCCAUAUCAUCCUCCGAAUCUCACCGUACCGUCGCCACCGUCCCCGUCGUGGUCUUCUUCCACGGCGGUGGCUUCUGCUUUGGCUCACGUUCUUGGCCUCAUUUUCACAACUUCUGUCUUACUCUUGCAUCUUCCCUCCACGCCCUUGUGGUCGCACCCGACUACCGGUUAGCACCUGAACACCGCCUCCCGGCCGCCUUUGAGGACGCCGAGGCCGCGCUUAUGUGGGUCCGGGACCAGGCUGUUUCCGGUGCUGGGGACCACUGGUUCGAAGGUGGACCGGUCGUUGACUUUGGCAGGGUUUACGUUUUUGGUGAUUCUUCAGGUGGGAACAUAGCCCAUCACCUUGCUUUCCGGUUCGGUUCUGGUUCGAUCGAGUUGAGUCCGGUUCGGGUUCGCGGUUACGUUCUUUUGGCGCCGUUUUUUGGCGGGGAGGAGAGGACUAAGUCCGAGGACGGCCCGUCUGAAGCUUUGCUCAGCUUGGAUUUGCUUGACAAGUUUUGGAGACUUUCACUACCAGAAGGUGCAACAAGGGAUCAUCCCAUGGCUAACCCUUUUGGGCCGACGAGUCCUGGACUCGAAUCAAUUAACAUAGAGCCAAUGUUGGUGAUCGUCGGGGGCUCAGAACUCCUGAGAGAUAGGGCCAAAGAGUAUGCAUUUAAAUUGAAGAAAAUGGAAGGGAAAAAAAUAGAUUACAUUGAAUUCGAAAAUGAGGAACAUGGUUUCUACAGUAACAAUCCAUCUUCCGAUGCUGCAGAACAGCUAAUUCGUAUCAUUGGAGACUUUAUGGACAACUUAAUUCCCUAAUAUAUUGUAGCGUUUGGCAUGUUGUAGCUAGCUAGGUCGCUAAGAUCGUUUACAACAAUGAGGAUUUCAUCUCAAUAAGUCUGCUUGGUGAUUGGUGAAUCAUUACACGUAGAAAGCAUACAAUGUUGUUGGUUUCGUUAUAUCUCUUUGUUCAUCGUAUCCAUAUUAGAUGGUAUAUCCACUCCUUCUAUAUAUGGUUUUUUCCUUA